AUGCACUAUUAUUAUGUGCCGGUUUUGGUAUUUGCCGGCACUAUCGGCAACAUACUGUCGGUCUUUGUGUUCUCCAUGACGAAAUUGCGCAAACUGUCGUCGAGCAUCUAUUUGGCGGCGUUGGCCAUAAGCGAUACGUGUUUCUUGUGGGGCCUCUUCGUACAGUGGAUGAAUUUCAUUGAUGUCGAUGUGUAUAAUCGUGAUUUCUUCUGUCAGUUCUUUACAUUCUUGAGCAAUUGGGCUUGCUUUUGUUCCGCCUGGUUUGUGGUGGCGUUCACCGUUGAACGCUUCAUCGCUGUGGCGUUCCCUCUAAAGCGACAGACAAUGUGUACAGUGCAUCGCGCCAAGUACGUCAUCGGCGCGCUAUCAGCUUUGGGCAUAUUUCAUUGUGUGCCGUUUUACUUUUCGUCGGGUCCCAUUUACUCGCAGAAAUUGAAGACGUUCUUAUGUGAUGUGCAUUCGGAAAUGAAGAACUUUAUGACUUAUAUGAACUUCUACGACACAGUGGUGGUUUUCGCGCUGCCGUUCGCUUCGAUACUAAUUUUGAACGCCAUAACCAGCUAUCGGGUUUGGAAAUUCGCAAACGUGCGACGCUCACUGACUAUGCAAAGGAGGAAAACACAAGUGUCUAAAGACUCGUUGACGUCUUCAACAUAUCUAACGACUUCAUUGAAAAACCAACAUAAUUCCACAAUGAGGACGGAAAUAGAUCUACCGGUGUCUAAACGAAAAACAGAGAAACAAAAAGACAGAACCUCAUCGCAAUUGAAGGUAACCAAGAUGCUGUUAAUUGUCUCCUCCGUUUUUGUGGGCCUCAACUUGCCCAGCUGUCUGAUGCGCAUAGAAACGUAUUGGGAGACGCAGACAGCCAGCAACAAGAACGUCACAAUAAUCUGGCAAUAUGUUUUUCAACUGCUUUUCAUCACGAAUUAUGGCAUAAAUUUUAUACUUUAUUGUGUUAGUGGUCAAAAUUUUCGGUGA